CGGAUCGGGUAGUGACAGUAGCGUUAGCCUGUUAUUGACCUUGUUGCGGAUGGUUGUGUAGCCGAUGAGUGUGGCAAAUUGUUGCAGUAGCAAUGUCUUCAGUUGGUGGGUGGAGGAGCGUCAUUGGCGUGAGGCUGGAUGGAGCAUUUGAGGGAAUCUUCACAGAGUUUGAAAGUAAAAUGGAGCAGUGCGAGACAGAAGUGGAGCAUCAGCGCAGACUGCUGGAAACCAUCCGGAACCCCGAAAUAAAGCUGCACAGAAUAGACCAACGCUGUAUCUGUACAAAGAAGGAAGAGGAAAUCUCUAUCCAGGAGAAGAACGCCAGUCUGGAUCCAGAGGAUCAGAAACCUUCACUGAUUAAAGAGGAGCUGGAGGAGCUGUGUAUUAGUGAGGAAGGAGAGCAGCUUGUGCUAAAGCAGGAAAGUGAUGCCUUCAUGGUGACUCCUGUUUGUGAGGGCAGUGCCGAGCUUCUGUCCUGUUUUGUACCUGAGAGUCGAGAACAGGAAGGAGUCAAAUGUGAAAACUCAGGAAUGCCCUUAAAAACGGAGCCAAAACCAAAGAAGGUCUGUAACAACACAGAUGAAAACACACAAGUCUGCAGGAAUAGUUUACAAAUAAAAGAACUGUGUGGUACUACUAAUAAUAAUAUAGAUGGGAAGCUUUACUCCUGCAGCUCCUGCACGGAGACAUUUGAACAUGAAUCAACGCUUAAAAAUCACCUACAAAUCCACGCAGACGAUGAGUCGUAUUCCUGCAUGACAUGUGGGAAGGUUUUCAACUACAGCGCUUCCUUCAAGCUCCACUUGAAAGUCCACACGGAUGAGAGGCCAUACUUCUGUGAGAAGUGCGGCAAAACGUUCAGAAGAAACGAUAAGCUGCGGCUGCACAUGAGAACGCACACGGGGGAAAAGCCGUACCUCUGCAUCACCUGCGGAAAAAGGUUUAACGACCCGUCGGCGUUCAGGAGGCACACGGCCAUACACACUGGCGAGAAGCGGCAUUCUUGCAAAACCUGCGGCAAACGUUUUGCCCACAGCAACAGCUUCCUCUGCCACAUGAGAACCCACACGGGUGAGAGGCCUUACCUCUGCACCACCUGCGGGAAUAGAUUUGUCAACGCCUCAAAGCUUAAAAGGCACACGAGGACACACACGGACGAGAAGCCUCACGUUUGUAACACCUGCGGGAAGAGGUUCAUUCGCCUUUCCAGGUUGACGAGUCACACGAGGAUUCACACGGGCGAGAAGCCGUACUCAUGCCAAAUAUGCCAGAAGGACUUCGCUUACACCACUUCCUUGAAGGUCCACAUGAGAGUUCACACAGGCGAGAAGCCAUACGUUUGUGAGAAAUGUGGGGAAAGUUUUAGUCAGGCGGGGAGCCUAACCUCCCACAUGAGAGUCCACACAGGCGAGAAGCCGUACGUUUGUGAGAAAUGUGGGGAAAGUUUCAGUCAGGUGGGGAGCCUAACCUCCCACAUGAGAAGUCACGCAGGUGAAAAAAAGUCCUGAAACACCUGUGAGGAGAAAAUAUGAGAGAAAAUGAGUUGAUUAGGUUUAGGUUUAAAGAGGGUUGUGUAACUUUACUGUGCGUUAUACUGUACAUGAUGAGCCUGCCAUUAGAUUCAAGUCUAAUGUUGUGUUAAUGUGGUGCGUCAGCGGUAAUGCUCCAAGUGAUCGAGUUGCACUGCGGGACGCAGCAGAGGACAACAAAAAAAAUGGCUUCAAGGUCAGAAAAUUGAAGCCUGCAGUCUUUUUAAUGACCAGCAGGAGGCGAGUCCUCUGGGUUGUAUGGAAUUUAUUGAUUUAUGAUAUCAAUGAACGCUUUCCUGUUCGUUUCUGGACUCGAACGCUGGUUUUAGGUCAUAUUUCAUAAAACAGAUGAGGAUUAAUAGAGUAUAUGUACUGUCUGAAAUCCUGGGCAGAAGCUACCCCACUUGUUUCAACACCAAGAUGGUGAAAACCAGCUUGAGGCUUCGUGACAUGAUGUCAUGGUGGAUACAUCCAUCUUUUAGAUGCAGUUUGUGGGGGCAUCUUUUUAUGAUGAAAUCCUUAAAAUCUGAGAAUUCACCAGCACUUCUGAAGCAUUUCAUCUCUAAUUGUGAUAUAUGUAUGCGGGAUUAUGUGUUAGUCUCUCGUGUAUAUUAGAGGACUACAGAUUUGUUAUUAAUAAAUAAUAUAAGAUGGGAAGGAGUGAUGAAAUGAGAGGCCAGCUGGCUUUUGUGGUUCAUCUGAAUCAGUUGAAAUCUGAAAAAUCGACCCUGCCAGUUUUUGUUUUUCUUCUAUUUUUAAAGGAUUUUUUUUUGUAAACAAAAAA